AAAAACGGCACCGCAGAGCCGGAAGUGAACAGUUGCAGUUGCCGAUGACAACCGCUGCUUGGAGUAACAGGCUGGAAAGAGCUAACAGCUAAGUUGUCGCUUUAAACGAGUGACAAAUAACGAAGUUGUUUGUUUAAGAGUUUGGAUAGUAAUAGUUGCUCCUUCUUGUCCCGAGUCGACUUGAUCCCUGUGGUCCUCAGUCUCUCCUGUUGGGGGUCAUCGGCUCUGCGCCUGUCCUCUGUAGAUGAAGAUGUCCCUGGCCCAGCGAGUCCUCCUCUCCUGGAUCUUCGCCCUCAUCUUCCUCAUCAUGCUCGUCCUCAAGCUGGACUCUAAGAUCCACUGGAACUGGUUUCUCGUCUUCCUCCCCGUCUGGACCUUUGACACCAUCCUCAUCCUCAUGCUCGUGGUGAAGAUGGCGGGACGCUGCAAGCCUGACUUUGACCCCAGGGACGGCGAGCAGAGUCUGAAGAGGAGGCUGUGGUAUCUGACGGCGCUGCUGCUGAAGCUGGCCUUCUGUCUGACUCUGUGCUCGCACCUGGAGAGGCUCUUUGAGACGUGGGUCAGUGUUGUGUGUGUGCCUCUGUGGGUGCUGCUGGGGGGGGCACUGGUGGAGCUGGGACACAGCGUUUUCCACUACCGGAGGGACUGAAGCAGAAUAACCUGCAAUGGAAAAGCUUAUAAACUCGAGCAUCUCUGAUUUAGGAUGCACCAACCCCUCCAGUGGAUUGUUAUCAGGAAAGACAUUUGGAUGGAGUUUCAGUCAGUCCUGAUUGAUCCAAACAUCAAAACAGUUUUUUGUUUUGGGAUAACAAACUGUUUAAUCUGUGAGUCACACAUCGGGUUAGGAGUGUUUAAUGAGUUCUACACAUCGUGGAGAAAGUUGGAGCGGUGCAUCUUUUUCUCUCACCACACUAAGAAGACUUGUUCAAACUGCACCUUUGUGAAUAUUUCAUGUGCACCACUCAUUCGUAGGAUUAAUAUUAUUUUCUCUUCACCUUUCAGAAUGAAGAGUGCCUUUUGUCUCUCGCUUUAAAAUCAGGUUUUACUUUUAAGGUGACCACAUGUACACGUGGUUACAGUAACGUUGUAACAAUGGUUUUAGAUCUGCACUAGUUUGCACUGUGAGCCAUAUUAAACAGAUAAAAUGAAAUCACUAUGAAAGUACAACACAUACCUUUUUAAUGCUGUAAGAAACCUCAAACCCCCUCAUGUCAUUACACAUCCACCUAUAUUUAGGAUUUUAAAAACACUGAGCUCCCCAUCAACAGAUUAAUACGCUUUAACCAGACACCAGGAAGAGAGAUGAUUCUUCAUACUCUAAAUUGAGAUUUCCAAAUAUUGCCCAUCACUAAUCUCUCAUUAAUAAAAUCCUCUUAAGUUGAGUUUUAACAUUUAUUAUGAACCACAGCAAUCCUAACUCAAGGUCCACUCGCUCAGGUUUAUAUCAGAGCUCAGAAUAUGCAGAUAUCUGUGCUGUUAUUGGUAAGAUAUUUAGUAAAUGAAACUUACUUAAAGUUUGUAUUUAUUUUGUGAUAAAUACCCAAAGAUUGCUAAACCCAGAUUUUCAGAAUAAAAGUGUUGAUGGCCUGAACUUUGUGUUUUAAAUAGUAGCUUAGUUAACUUAAUGCUUAAUGUUUAAAAACAGAAGGGAAGCAAGUAUCUUUCAAAAUAAAAUCAUCCAGUGUAUUGUUUUGAAAAUCACAAAAUUCACAAUGUUUAUUUGUCAGGACUCAGGUUAGCAUAUAGCAACCAAAUCAGCAUAUCGCAAUUCCCAUGUGUUACAUGGAUGGUGAUGUUUCUAUGUAUAUGUUUGUUUUCACAACAGAUUCAAACACAGCCAUUUAAAAGUGAGCCACAGGUUAAAUACUGGACUCAUUAAAGACUUUAUAUGUGAUGUUUUGAUCCAGCAGAUGUCGCCCUUGAGCACCAGCAUGAAACCAAAACAACUCGCGCUGCAUUGUUGUGUUAGCAUGCUAAUGCUAGCGAUCUUUAUUCUGCUCGUAUCUUCACACUGCAUGUAAAUUUACCUGAAAUGAGCGUGAUCUAGAAACACAGUUAAGCAGUGAGUACAGUAUGUUAUUCUUCUUUUCUCUAGUCCCUCAAUUAAACAACUUUUAUACACGAGGGGAGGAGUCAGCCGGCCGUCCGGGCGAUGUAAACAAAGUGAAGAUAGAACUCUGAAAACAUCACAGACAGUGGGACUCGGGUGUUACACCCAUUGUAGACAGUCAUGACUCAGAGUUAUUUUCAGAGGAGAUACUUGAGUUCUACAUUUAAGUGUGAAAAAUCACAGAUAAAAACUUUAAAGUUUUGAUCUAGGAGUUAAGAUGAAAAAUGGAUGCCUGGUGCAAAUCUUUUUAAAUUGUUAUUUUACAAAGAAAGGGGGCUUAUGGCAAAUAUUAGCUAAAUGGUCAACAGCGUCACCAAACAACCAAACCCUAAUCAGUAACUCCCUCUCUACCGUCCCUCUAAACUACAGUUUAAAAAAAUAUCCAUGGCUGUGUGCAAAGUUGUGAUUCUCCGUCAAACAGCUGCUGUUAGGAUUAUUUUUAACCUGUGAUCACUUUUCUGUUUUAAGACCGUUAUUGCAUAUAUAAACUAUUAUUCACAGUAUGUCAUUAGUCACACCCUGCCUGCACUAUUCUACAUAUUUAGCACUUUGGCAUCUUUUAAAAACCUGAGUUACUAAACCAAAAUCUUCCUCUGCGUAGACUUCAGCCACCAAAGAAGCUAAAACUGAUCUCAUUAAAUCUGUAGUGAUGACAUGCAGGAGACAAACUCAAGUCGAUAUUUUUGAACCAUUUAUUGAGAGGUUCUGAUCAAGAGUAUAAAUCACACUACCAAGUCUUAUCUUAAGAAAUAAAAUGUAUUUACAACAAUUUUUUUUCACAUACAUUGGUUUCAAAUAAAAACAGACGGUAAAUGAUAUAAAUAAGUUCUAUGGAAAAUAAAACUUGUCUUACAAAAAAUA